CUGAUAUUUAUAGCGAUGCGAAGGAACGUCGGGACGAUACGUCUCGCCUCGUGUCGAUCGGUUUUAUCCGUCCCUUCUCGGUACGCGCAGAAAGUGUACACGAGCGUGCACACGUUCCAAGAAUCGAACAAAGUGAUGCAACCAAGCGAUGCUUGUCUAUAAAUUUCUGUCGUUUAAUUUACUUGUCCAAUCCGCAAUCUCGCGCCGAGUAAAUUUAAUUAACGAAUCGUAAUGGAAAGUCGUUUAUAUUUUUUAUUUUCCUCUUUGUAUCGCGAAAUUAAUGACAAUUUUAUUUUCCCAAUUACGAGAGUCGUCGACAUAACGUGGUUUUUAGGGUCACGGCAUUCAACGGUUACGAUCGGCCGAGUUUGAUCGUCGUUUAUUUGCGUUUUUUUUUUUUUUAGGUUGGUCACGCUAUCGUUGUACGCGUAUUUCUUCUCCGCCUUGCUCGGCAGACAAUUUAUCGAGCGAACCGACGUCGGAGGCGGGAAAUACGAGGAGCCCGACAUGUAUUUCCCAUUUUUCACGGCUUUGCAGUUUUGCUUUUACGUGGGCUGGUUGAAAGUCGCCGAGGUAUUGAUCAAUCCUUUCGGCGAGGACGACGAUGAUAUCGAGCUAAAUUGGCUGAUAGAUCGUCACAUCAAGGCCGGAUACAUGAUCGUGGACGAAAUGCACGAGGAGCAUCCGGAAUUGUUGAAAGAUCAAUAUUGGGACGAGGUGGUGCCGAAAGAUCUACCGUACACGGUGGCGAGCGAGCAGUAUCGAAGGGAGGAGCCGAAGGGUUCGGCGGAGCAUUACAAGGUGAAAGACAGCGAUGCUCUGUACGCGAACGUGAUGCUGGGCACGCAGAUACACAACCACGUGCAGCAUCGAAAGACCCACCAGGACGACAUGUACGCCGAUUACGAAAGCGUGGACACACCGUUGGUCGAGCGAAGGAAAAAUUGGCUACAAAGGCAAAUCACCAGGAUGGGAUCCGUGCGUAGCUCUUCGACCACGUACAGCAGCGGCGGUGGUUUUUUCUCUAGAAAUCGUCACAACAGCGUUUACAGCAGCCCCGAGACAGGAGGUUUACCACAGACCAACAAUCCCAAUCUCAAGAUGUCCCUGUACGAUCGGCUGGUAGGGAGAAAAAGUAUACGAAGUCAAAGAAUGGGUCGACAAGGUACGAUGACGAAACUGAACACGGUGCCCGUCUCGUUGAAGAACCGUCCCCGCAUCCCGACCCCGGACGUGACGAAGGAGGUGGUGGAUCGGGAGCAGAGAUUGGCGUUGUCGGCCACGAACGCGGCCAACAUCGGCGCCGGCGUGGUCGGGGUGAUACCCGCCAACGGCCACUACCCCACCGACCUGCCCGUGGUCCAGGUGGUGCUCUCCCCGAUCCAAGAGGCGGAGGGGACCCCGGUGACGGGGAAGUCGGGGGCGGCGGCGUUGGCGCAGGCGGUCCUCUCCCCGACGUUGACGAGCGCGGGCCUGGUCGCCCCCGUCACCCUGACCCCGGUCACCGUCUCCCAAUUGACGCAGCUCGGCCUGGUCACGACCACGUCCGCGUCCAUGAUCAAGUCGACGGGGCAGGGCAGCGGGGGGGUGGCGGCGACCCUGACCGAGGUGAACAGCAGCGAGGAGGAGGGGUCGGGUAGCGGGAGCAGCAGGAGCGGGAGCAUCGGGGGCCAGGAGGAGCGGUGCACGCCGUUGAUCAGCCAGGACAGGGGCACACCCCUGAUCGGGGGGGAGAGCGGGAGCCAGGCGGGCAGCAACGGUAGCUCGCCAACGUUCGACAGCUACAACGACCGCUCCCCCAUCCUGAUGAACCCGGAGAAGCUGAGCUACGUGGUGGCGAGCGGCCAGGACGCGGGCAGGGUGGACCCGCGCGGCAGGCGGUCGGCCUCGUUGCCGGGCCCGCCCCUCGUCCAGUCGAGGGAGGACAGGAGCAUGUCCCUCCCGCAGUCGCCGGGCCUUCAGCCGAGGGAGAAUCGAGCCGCCUCGGUGUCGAGCGGAGCGGAGCAGGUGGACAGCCUGGUGGCGCGCGUCGUCGCCUUCCGUCCAGGGGGGGAGAGGCCAGACCGAGGACCAACAGCGUCGGCCACGACGCUCUCUGCGCGCCGCUUGCGAGCCAUCGCGGCCAGGAUCCAUCCAUCAGAAAGAUCAGCAGCGUGUCCUGCACGAACGCGUCCCUUUCCGCCGGAAAGGAGGUACGAUUCGUUGGAACGGACACCUAGAUUAGGCUUUAAGGAACGUGGAAUUAUAUUCCGCCACUUGAAAGACACGCCCAUGUCUUGGUUGAACGUGUUCGUCGCCGGCCAAUACCUCGGAUCGCUUCCAGCAAAGAAAACGUCGUCCCGUGAGAAGGCGACGCUCAUCUCAUCUCCGCGUACACUCUCGAUGCUCGUCCUCUUGCUCGUUCACGAGCAAAUAGGAGCGGCUCACGCGCCGUUAUUCGUGCCGAACUCUCCAACACGUAUGAAACGCUAA